UGACACUGACACUGACACUGACACUUAUCUUGUCGAACUAAAUUACUUCCAUUAUCCCUGGAUUCCUGGAAAUCUUCAAUCCCCAAGGUCUCACAAUCUUCGCUGUCUAUCGACUAACGCAGCCAAAACCACAACAACCUAACUGUGACACUUAUCAAGUUUACCAAAAUGUCUAGCAUGGACUGUCUACAGCCCCCUCUUACCCCGCCCCAGCGCGAAAUCGUCAAGAGCUAUGGCGGAUGGACUCAGUUCAUGCUUGCCUUUGGAUUGAAACCCUGGGAACGAGAGGAUGAGGAGGAGGGACUGCGGAUUUUGGUGGCGCUCACAGAUAAUGAUGACGAUGAUGACGAGGAGGAUGAGGAUGAGAAUUAAAGUGAGGGUUGAUUGUACGAUGAUGGGGUGUCCUGCAACUCGAUGCUGACAGAUGGAAAAGAGGGUAAACUCGUCCCUGGAACUGCAUAUGAGGCAGAGAUAGAUCGCUAACUGUGGGUACUAGGUGCCUGGUUGUGUUGGCUAUCAUAAUGCUGGGUAUAGAUGGGAGUUACG